AUGGUCUUCCUUCUCUUGUGGUGGAAUUUCAGAGUCUUUGCGCUCUCUCUCCUUCUGAAAAAAAGCCUCUCCUUAAACCCAGAUGAUCCAAAUGUUUGCAGCCACUGGGAAAGCUACGCCGUGACUGUUCAGGAAUCCUACGCACAUCCCUUUGAUCAGAUCUAUUAUACAAGAUGCACAGAUAUCCUCAACUGGUUCAAGUGCACUCGACACAGAAUCAGUUAUAAAACGGCCUAUCGGAGGGGACUGAGGACGAUGUAUCGGCGACGCUCUCAGUGCUGCCCGGGAUAUUACGAGAGCGGGGACUUCUGUAUCCCUCUCUGCACUGAGGAAUGCGUCCACGGACGGUGUGUGUCCCCAGACACCUGUCACUGCGAACCCGGAUGGGGAGGGCCAGACUGCUCCAGCGGUUGUGAUCAGGACCACUGGGGCCCCCACUGCAGCAACCCUUGCCAAUGCCGGAAUGGAGCUCUGUGCAACCCCAUCACUGGCGCCUGCGUGUGUGCACCGGGAUACAAAGGAUGGCGCUGCGAGGACCUGUGCGAGCCGGGAACUUACGGGAAAGGCUGCCUGCUCAAGUGCCAGUGUCACAAUGGGGCAACCUGUGACCACAACACAGGAGAAUGUCAUUGUGCACCUGGAUACACAGGAGUGUUUUGCGAAGAGCCAUGUCCCCCAGGCAGCCACGGAGUGCAGUGCGAACAGCGAUGCCCCUGCCAGAAUGGAGGAACCUGUCACCACAUCACGGGAGAAUGCACCUGUCCCCCAGGAUGGAUGGGUUCUGUGUGUGCGCAACCUUGCCCAUCAGGAACAUACGGCAUUAACUGCAGCCAAGAAUGCCCCUGCCAUAAUGGAGGACAAUGUGAUCAUGUGACAGGAGUCUGCCUCUGUACUGCAGGGUAUAUGGGAGACAGGUGUCAAGAGGAGUGUCCAGUGGGGACAUUUGGCUUCCAGUGCAUGGAGAAGUGUAACUGCGAGAACAGAGCCAAGUGCUACCACGUCAACGGAGCGUGCCUGUGUGAUCCGGGCUAGGGCAUCCAUUGUCAGGAGCGGAUCUGUCCCGAAGGAUACUACGGGCUGAAAUGCAACAAACGGUGUCCGUGUCAUCCUCCUAACACAGACAGUUGCCAUCCUCUGUCUGGUGAAUGCAAUUGCAAAGCUGGUUGGGCAGGCCUUUAUUGCAACGAAACGUGUGCGCCCGGGUUCUACGGUGAAAGUUGUCGCCUAGUUUGCCAUUGUCAAAACGGAGCAGAUUGUGACAGCAUCACGGGGAAAUGCACCUGUGGACCAGGAUAUAUGGGAGAGAUCUGCUCGGUUACGUGUCCUCUUGGAAGCUACGGAGUCAAUUGCUCUCUGGUCUGCAACUGCAAAAACGAUGGCAUGUGUUCCCCAGCAGACGGCUCCUGCUUCUGCAGAGAAGGGUGGCAGGGAACCGACUGCUCCAUUCCAUGCCCAAGCAACACGUGGGGCCUUAACUGCAACCAGACGUGCUACUGUGCCAACGGAGCUGCCUGUGACCCCAUGGAUGGAUCUUGCCUUUGUGGUCCUGGGUGGCAAGGAGAACUCUGUGACCAGCCCUGCCCUGAUGGGACGUACGGCCUGAACUGCAGCGAACGUUGUGAUUGUGACCACGCAGAUGGGUGUGACCCUUUGACUGGCUAUUGCUGUUGCCUUGCUGGCUGGACAGGCAUCCAUUGCGACAGCGUGUGCUCGCCCGGCCGUUGGGGACCCAACUGCUCCAUCGCCUGCAACUGUGAAAAUGGAGGUUCCUGCUCUCCGGAAGAUGGGAUCUGUGAGUGCGCCCCAGGCUACCGUGGGCCCAUGUGCCAGAGAAUUUGUCCCCCUGGUUUCUACGGGCUUCACUGCAACCAGAUUUGUCCCCAAUGUCUUCACAGCACACUUCCCUGCCAUCAUGUCACAGGCCAAUGUGAUUGCCUGCCAGGUUUUUUUGGUCCCCUCUGCAACCAAGUGUGUCCAAGUGGAAGAUACGGGAAAGACUGUGCUGAGUUGUGCUUGUGUACAAACAAUGGGACCUGCACUCCUACGGAUGGCUCUUGCCAGUGUUUCCCAGGAUGGAUCGGCAAAGAUUGCUCACAAACUUGUCCGGUGGGCUUUUGGGGAAGCGAUUGCUUUCAUUCGUGCAGUUGCCACAAUGGUGGGACGUGCAGCCCCCACAACGGAGAAUGCCGAUGUACCGCUGGCUGGACGGGUCCCUUCUGUUCGCAGAGAUGCCCAGCUGCCUUUUAUGGAAAGAACUGUGCCAACGUCUGCCAGUGCCAGAACGGGGCUGACUGCGACCACAUCACCGGGCAGUGCACCUGCAGGACUGGCUUCACCGGAAAACAGUGUGAGCAGAAGUGUCCGCAAGGAACAUUUGGUUACGGCUGCCAGCAGCUCUGCGAAUGCAUGAAUAACGCCACCUGUGACUAUGUUACAGGGACCUGUUACUGCAGUCCCGGCUUCAAAGGGAUCAGGUGCGAUCAAGCGGCUCUCAUGAUGGAAGAAUUAAAUCCCUAUACUAAAAUUAGCCCCGCUCUUGGAUCUGAGAGGCAUUCAGUGGGAGCAAUCUCUGGAAUUAUUAUCCUCCUGCUAAUUAUUAUGGUUUUGCUGGCACUGUUUGUGUGGUAUCGACGUAAGCAGAAGAAAGGGCACGACAUGCCAAGCGUCUCGUACACUCCGGCCAUGCGAAUGACCAACACCGAUUACUCACUCUCCGACUACGUGAAGGAAUCUGCCCACAGCUCCAGCUCCGCUUCCCUCAACAGCAGCGAAAACCCCUACGCCACCAUCCGAGACCCCCCCAUCCUGACCCGCAAACCGCCCGAGAACAGCUAUGUGGAAAUGAAGUCUCCUGCCCACCGGGACGCGUCGUAUUUGGACAUGCCAACCUCUUCGCCAGCUCACAAAAACAUCUACGACGUCGAGCCCACGGUCAGCGUGGUUCACGAGAUCCGUCUCCGCAAUGCUGGUUACAUCCAAAAUCCAUAUGAUCUUCCCAGAAACAGCCACAUCCCCAGCCAUUACGACAUUGUCCCGCUAAGACACAGCCCAACUCAUGGGACACUCUGGGACAAGCCAUCUUAAAGGGCCAGCCCACCCGGACAUCCCAACACACACACACACACCACAACCAUGUGCCAUGGGAGCAUUGUUCUCGGACACAACAAAGAUGACAAUCUUUUUUUUCCCCGUUUAUCCUGCUGUAUAUGGGAGGGAAGGAAGACCACCCAAAGACAAUUGUUGGGGCCCACUUGCUUCUGCAUGAAAACUCUUUAUUAUUUGACAAAAAUAAUUUUAUACACGUUGCAGGAAAAAAACAACAACCAAGAAAGCUCCUUUUGUGUUCAACAGCAGAAUGAAGACAUUGGAAAGCCAUCGAUUUCCAAGGUCAACCCUGGACCAUGUGGGAUUUGGUGUUGUUGUUUUUUUGGUUUUGUUUUGUUUUUGCUUUAAAAAAAUGGAGGGGGAGGGAGGGGAGGAAAUAUCCCUUGCUGCAAGUUCUUAUAGCUGUAUCUGUACUAUAUUAUCAUCUGCUUCAAGAAUUCUUUUCUAAAAAAAAAAAAAUAAGAGAGAAUGAAACAUGACCUUCAGAUAGAUUUUGGGAUACGUUAUGAAGCCUCCUGUGUAGUCCAGAAAGUACUUCUUCAAGGAACUCAGAGAUACAGUAAGAUGCUUUAGAAAAAUCACUGCUGCCAUAACUUGAUAGUCUUUCAUUCUACAUGAAGAAUCCAGGUUUUUUUAAUGUCUGCAGAACUUCAGAAAUUCUUCUUGUUCUGCAGAGUUUAUGGAAGGUUACAUUCAUGAGCACUUACUCUACUGAGUGUGACUUCUUCUGCUCCUUUGCCCACCCCAUGCAUCCAUCAUUCCAUUUUUAGGAGCUGGUCUCCAUCCAUCUUCACGAGAUGGAAUUGAACGACGCUUAAUCUGCAACCGAAUCCAUGCUCGUCUCUUCUCUGGUGGCACUGGCACUGAAGAUGGGGACAAUCUCGAGAUGCUUCUUCUCUCUGGCAGUGGAAUGAAUAUGAGAUGGGCUGGACAAAGCUAAAGCACAGGAGUCAGAGUGCAGCCAGGCACUCCUACUUACACUAUUGGGUCCUUCUGCUGACAAAGAUGGCAUGCUUGUGAUGCACCAAGGAUUAAGUACAUAAAGGAUACUCAUCAACGGCCUUAUCCAAACAAACAUGACAGUUGUCUAAACCUGAACUGGGUGCUAGUUGUAUCCUUCGUCAACAUGGUUUACUUCUGUAGAGGUGGACUACAAGAACUUUCCUGGAUCUUGGUGUCCUCCAGAUGUGUAGACUUCCGUUCCCAGAACUCUCAGCAAUAGUCAUUGGCCAAAGAAUUACAGAGAGUCAAUCCCUACAUAAGAAAAGCUACCAAGAGAAAGCAGUAUUUCAUCAUCCUUUCGCAGUCAGGAUGACUAAUGUCCGUGCUAAGUGGAAGUGAUGGAACCUGAAAUUUUACACACCUGGAAAACCCAGACGAGGAAUGUUUACAGAUCGACCAGUUCAGGGCUUCAAGCAGAGAUCCUUCCUAACCUCUCCUGGAGACACCAAGUGUAGAACUUGAGAACCUGUGCAUGCCAAGCAGAUUUCAGCCAUGGAGCUAAGCCUUUCCCUCAAAUCAUUCCUUUAGAACAAGAUCAACUGCACACCAUUUCAAGAAGAUUGUUUCUGUAUCAUAGGUACCUUCUCUCUGUAAUCGGGUAUACGCUCAUGUAGAUGAUCUUGGAUAUGAUCUAAUGUUGAUAUUGUAUAAUCUUUUCAUCCAACAAAUGUUAAUGUAGUGAAAAGGAUGCAUUUCACCAAGAAAUGUCCACAUACCGUUCAGGCACAAUUGAGUGGAAUUUGUAAGAGAAAGGGAAAUGAAAAAGAAUGGCUUACUCAAAAAUGAUAAAAGGUAGCAGCCCCGCUGUUCAGAAGCCUUAGCAUCUGAUCAGGAUUCAUUCAGGUGGAUAGGUUGGAAAUGUUAUUUAAGCAGAGAUAAAUUGGAUAACAGAGCGCAGCUACUGAACGUAUUAUCAGGAUCGCAAAGGAGGACUCAAUGAACCUUUUCGGGUGGGAGGUACCUAAUAAUAUGCGCUGGGAAACAAAAUAUCGCUUACUGGAUCUUCUCCAUUCUUGUCUGAAAUCUCAUGUAGGGUAUAGGGAUCUUGCUAGAUUUGGUGACUGUAUAAAAUAUAGAAGACAAGAGUUCAAGGGGUCAGUGGAUCUGUUGCAGACCCCAGAUGGAUAAUCCAUUGUGUAUAUAUACACUAGUGGCAAGGUAACAGUUGGGAAUGGCCACAAACUGAGUAUUUGUCAGCCAGAUUUGCUGCCGACAGCAUAGACUAGGCUGUUAUCUCCAGAUGUGGGAUUAACAACCCCUUAGAUUUGGGUAUACCCCUGGGUUGGCUGAGCAUUGAACAUUCUUGCCUUGAUGACCCAGAGAUCUCUGGUCCAUUUGAAAGUGGCUUC